UGAAAGGAAGAAGUGAGGAAAGAGACUUGAGGCGCUCCGGCGCGCACACCGCUCCACUCACCUCGGAAUCCCGGCAGAGUUCUUUGCGCCCACAGCCCCCUCCCCAGCGUCCCAGCGCAAGGGCUGAGGGGCGUGAGGAGCAAGACUCCAAGUCCCGCGAUGCUCCGAAGGCGAAGAUAGAACCGGAAGACGCUUCCCUGGCAUGAGGUGUAAAGAGACUGGUACCCAACAACCCGAAGUCCGAUAUGAAACUGUAUUGCCUGUCAGGGCAUCCAACCUUACCAUGCAAUGUGCUCAAAUUCAAAUCGACCACUAUUAUGUUGGACUGUGGCCUGGACAUGACUUCCACCCUCAAUUUCCUUCCUUUGCCACUUGUUCAAAGUCCUAGGCUGUCUAAUCUUCCUGGCUGGUCUCUGAAAGACGGAAGUGUUUUCUUGGACAAGGAGUUAAAAGAAUGCUCGGGUCAUGUAUUUGUGGAUUCUGUGCCUGAAUUCUGCUUACCAGAGACCGAGCUAAUAGACCUGUCUACAGUCGAUGUGAUUCUCAUCUCUAACUAUCACUGCAUGAUGGCGCUGCCCUACAUCACUGAGCACACGGGAUUCACAGGCACCGUCUAUGCCACAGAGCCCACUGUGCAGAUUGGCAGGCUUCUCAUGGAAGAACUGGUGAAUUUCAUCGAAAGAGUGCCAAAAGCUCAGUCUGCCUCCCUGUGGAAGAAUAAGGAUGUACAGCGGCUGCUGCCGUCUCCUCUCAAGGAUGCUGUGGAGGUGACAACCUGGAGAAGGUGCUACACCAUGCAGGAGGUGAACUCUGCCCUGAGCAAAAUUCAGCUGGUGGGGUAUUCUCAGAAAAUUGAACUUUUUGGUGCCGUCCAGGUGACCCCUCUGAGCUCUGGCUACGCCCUGGGAAGCUCCAACUGGAUUAUCCAGUCACAUUAUGAGAAAGUGUCUUAUGUCUCUGGAUCCUCCUUGCUUACAACACACCCUCAGCCCAUGGACCAGGCUUCUCUCAAAAACAGUGAUGUUCUCCUUCUGACAGGCCUCACCCAGAUCCCCACUGCCAACCCUGAUGGCAUGGUGGGAGAGUUCUGCAGCAACCUCGCUCUUACUGUUCGGAAUGGAGGGAACGUGUUGGUCCCGUGCUACCCUUCUGGAGUGAUCUAUGACCUCCUGGAGUGCCUGUAUCAGUACAUUGACUCCGCCGGCCUCUCCAGCAUCCCCUUCUACUUCAUCUCCCCGGUAGCUAACAGCUCGCUGGAGUUCUCCCAGAUUUUUGCUGAGUGGCUCUGUCACAACAAACAGAGUAAGGUGUAUCUCCCAGAACCACCUUUCCCUCAUGCAGAGCUCAUUCAGACCAAUAAGCUGAAGCACUACCCCAGCAUUCACGGAGACUUCAGCAAUGACUUCAGACAGCCCUGUGUGGUGUUCACUGGACACCCUUCCCUCCGGUGUGGGGAUGUCGUCCACUUCAUGGAGCUCUGGGGAAAAUCAAGUCUCAACACUGUCAUAUUUACAGAACCAGACUUUUCCUACCUGGAAGCACUGGCGCCCUACCAGCCACUGGCCAUGAAGUGCGUCUACUGCCCCAUUGACACAAGGCUGAAUUUCAUCCAGGUGUCAAAGCUGCUUAAAGAAGUGCAGCCUCUGCACGUGGUCUGUCCAGAGCAGUACACCCAGCCACCCCCAGCCCAGUCCCACAGGAUGGACCUCAUGAUCGACUGCCAGCCGCCUGCCAUGUCCUAUCGGCGGGCGGAGGUCCUCGCCCUGCCCUUCAAACGGCGCUACGAGAAAAUAGAAAUCAUGCCAGAGCUUGCAGACUCCCUGGUGCCCAUGGAGAUCAAGCCUGGCAUCUCCUUGGCCACCGUCUCAGCAGUGCUGCACACUAAGGAUAACAAGCACAUACUUCAGCCCCCUCCCAGGCCCACACAGCCUACCAGCAGUAAGAAGAGGAAGCGGGUGAGUGAGGACGUCCCUGACUGCAAAGUGCUGAAGCCUCUGCUGAGCGGCUCCAUUCCUGUAGAGCAGUUCGUGCAGACCCUGGAGAAGCAUGGCUUCAGUGACAUUAAGGUGGAAGACACAGCCAAGGGCCAUAUUGUCUUGCUCCAGGAAGCUGAGACGCUCAUCCAGCUUGAAGAAGAUUCAACCCACAUCAUCUGUGACAACGACGAGACGCUGAGAGUGAGGCUGCGGGACCUCGUCCUCAAAUUCCUCCAGAAGUUCUGAGUGGGACACCUGCACUUCUCCACCCCCUGAAGGCCCAUGGCCUCCCCUGCUUCCAACACAGGCCACCAAGGCAGGGCAUGGACGCUGCUGGCCAUCUCUUGGUGUUCCCUGGAUUCAGGAAUGAAGAUGGGGCUGUGGAGGGAAACAGUCCUGAACUCUGGCCAGGAGCUGCCGCUCUGACUUCCUUACUCUUUCAGGCAAGAAUUUUUCCUUCCAACUUUGUCAUUUUCUUUUCAAUUCUGAGCUCUUGGUUGCUGAGGCGACAGCAUGACAGAAGUCCUUUCAGAAAGGAAGUGAAAGAUGACUGGCCUGUGAGUUUCUGUGGCUCAGAGGCCUCAAUGAGGAACAAGUCUUCAUCUGCCUGCAGUGCUAGACCUAGUGAAAACAGGCUGCCCUCCAAAAACAGUAAAAUGUUCUGUUCUGGCCUAUUUUGUUAAUAAAACUUAUUUUUAUAGAAGCA